UCUGUGGAUGCUUAACUGAGAUUCUGAUAGUCUCGUAUAAUUUCAAAUAUAAGAGGAUCUAUUCGUGCUAUAGAAAAUGAAUAACAAGAUCUCUUCUUUCGCAUUAGAAAUGAAACUCAAGAGGAUCUCUGAACGUAUUAUACGAGGAGCAGCCAAAUUUGGUAGAUCAUUAAUGUGCUCUUCCGACCUGUUGCUUUCGACCAGUGUGUUAUUGAUGACACUAAUAGUGGGAUAUUGAGGUUUAUGUGUUGCGGAAUGUGCGGCGAAACUCUUGCUGAAGUCUUGGUUCCACACUACAUAGCGCUUUCACCAACUUUUCUAAGGGAGCUUUAUCGUGUAUUCUUGGAAUGGAGCUCUACUUAGUAGGAUGACAUCGCCUAUCUGUCGGCCCAGUCAUCAAUAUGAACACAUAGAUCAAUUUUUGUGUAGAAUUGAUUUACUCUUUGACGAACGGUUGUUUAAAGGGGGAGUUAUGGAUUUUCUUGCUAUGCGUGCAACAAUCUCGGUGCAAGAUUCGGUUUCCUUCCAGUUUAUGGGCUUUUGUGAAGGAGCUUCCUUUCCCUUAACUUCAGAACUGGAGCACCUGUGGCAUAGCGCCAAUCCAUAUCAUGUGGUCCACUUCGAUCAUUCCCUACAUCCAUCUGUUGGCUUCAUUUGCCGCUUUUGAUUGCUGGUUGUUUAAGCAUUGUCUAAUGGUUUCUCCUCCAUUAAGAUCUGCUCGCCGAACAAGGAACUUCCCAUGGCAGACUGCUUUGUUUGAAGAUAGCAUAAGAGCUGCUGGUAUACAAGGAAUAGAGGUUGGAACAAAAUUAUAUGUUUCCAACUUGGACUAUGGAGUGACAAAUGAGGAUAUAAGGGAACUGUUCUCUGAAAUUGGAGAUGUGAAGCGAUAUGCAGUGCACUAUGAUAAAAAUGGCCGCUCCAGUGGCUCAGCUGAGGUCGUUUACACCAGAAGAAGUGAUGCAUUUGCAGCUCUCAAGCGGUACAACAAUGUUCUCUUAGAUGGGAAACCUAUGAAGAUUGAAAUCGUGGGUGCUAAUUCUGACAUUCCUCUCUCUGCUCGUGUUAAUGUGACUGGAGUUAAUGGGAGGAGGAAGAGAACAGUUGUUAUGACGCCAGGGCAAGUUGGUGCUAGGGGUCUUCCUGCUGUAAAUCGAGGGACUGGCAGAGGCUAUCGUGGAGGUUUUGGGAACAGCCGUGGCCGUGGCCGUGGACGUGGACGUGGACGAGGCCGUGGCCGUGGUCGUGGCCUUGGAAACAGACCACCUGUUGAGAAAUCUGCCGAUCAACUGGACAAAGAGUUGGACAAUUAUCAUUCAGAAGCCAUGAACACUUCUUGAGAUCCGCUUGGCAAACUGAUGAAAUCGGAGCUAAUAGUAGUUGCCGUUUUUCUGUUUUUAGUUGUAAAAUGUAGUUGCUAGUUUUCUGGAUGGAACAGCGGGUUGGGCUGGAUUUGCGUAGUGUGCUGGAGCUCAGGCUUGUUUAUAUGUAAGUUUGGAUUCGUGAUUUGGAUCUUUUGGAGUUCAGUCUUUGGUUGAAAUCGUUUGUCUUUUUCUCACAAUGUGCGUGCUUGUUAUUAUUAAAUCGUCGGAUAUCAGGAUAUGGUGGCGAUGACAUUGACCGUAUGAUAUGAUGUUAUUAUAACAUUAGGACA